AUCAAGUUGAAAAUGUUAAGAUAAUUAAUUGUACAGUCUUGAUUUUCAGUUUCUAUUGUUUCUAAACGUUUUCGAUUUUUCUAUUAUAGUCAACUUGGGAAAAUGACCUUACAUAAAAUGUUAAGGUUUACGACAAACCAAUUGUCUUGUACUGCUCUACUACCACAAAUCAAUAAUGUUCGAGGCAUUAAGAAUUUUAAACCUCCAAUUCUAUAUGAUCAUAUUCAGAUGCCAGAAAGGCCUAAACUCCAUUACAUCGAUAGGGUACCAAAUUAUAGUAAUAGUCAAAUGAGGCCUCCAAAAAUGCAUAGAAUGUUGGGUUUGAUGAGAGGGCCUGAAACAGUUCACAAUAAACUUAUACAUAAACAGUAUGGUAUACAAGCAACUGGUGGAGGACGAAUGAGGUUUAUACACUUUGAAGUUAUUCGUAUGGGCUUACUAAGAAAAUUAGACUGGUCCAGAAUGUUUGCUAUUUGGAGAAUUGAUUCACCAUGGCAAGCUGUCACUAAAAAGGGCCAAGGGCAGAGAAUGGGAGGUGGCAAAGGUAGCAUAGAUCAUUAUGUAACUCCAAUUAAAUCAGGCAGGAUUAUUAUUGAAAUUGCGGGCCAUUGUGAAUAUCAAGAGGUAAAAGAUAUUUUAAGUAAAAUAUCUGCUAAACUUCCAUUUAAAGCCAAAGCUAUUAGUCAAGAAAUUUUAGAAUGGGAUUUAGCCAAAGAAAAAUGGCAAACUGAAAAUAAUCAAAAUAAAUAUACAAUGGAGUAUUUAAUUAAAAACAAUAUGGAUGAUUUACAACGAAAAAUUAAAAGAAUUGAUCAUUUAUAUUUUGGAAAAUAUGUAUAA